CUCAUCCUCCUCUCUCCAGCAUGUCCCCUCCUCGCUGCCCACUCUAACUGCAUGCUUUCUAAAUUCCCACAACCUGCCUCCAGACUUUGGCCCCUUCUGCCCGGGAGAUGAUGGACAGCCGGAUACUGGAGCACCCUCAUGCCCAGUUUGGAGGCUCUCUUAGUGGGAUGGUGGGCUUUCCGUACCAUCUUAGCCACCAUCAUGUCUACGAAUUAGCCGGGCAUCAACUCCAGUCUGCGGCCGCGGUUCCUUUUUCCAUAGACGGAUUAUUGAACGGCUCCUGUACAGCCUCUGUGGUCAACUCGAACCCUCUGCUGUCUUCUGGCUGCGGUGUGAAUGGGGACAGCCAGCAGUACAAACUGACAGAUUCGGGAGACCCAGACAAGGACAGUCCUGGUUGUAAGAGAAGACGAACUCGUACGAAUUUCACUGGAUGGCAGCUAGAAGAAUUAGAAAAAGCAUUCAAUGAGAGUCAUUAUCCAGACGUUUUCAUGAGGGAAGCUCUUGCACUGAGACUGGACUUGGUCGAGUCUAGAGUUCAGGUUUGGUUCCAAAACCGCAGAGCUAAAUGGAGGAAAAAAGAGAACACUAAGAAAGGACCAGGACGACCUGCUCACAACUCCCACCCCACAUCGUGCAGCGGGGAGCCCAUGGACCCGGAAGAAAUCGCCCGGAGAGAACUCGAGAGGAUGGAAAAGAAGAAAAGGAAGCAGGAGAGGAAGCUUUUAAGAUCGCAGAACAAACUUCUCUCUGGAGAUUUAUUCCACACCCCGGGAUCGGACAGCGAUAGUGGUGUUUCACAAAUAACGGACAGUGUCGACUCAGCCUCGAACAUGGCCCCGUCUGAGUCCUCGGGCCGAAACCAAACCGAACAAAGCUGUGACCAAACACGACAAAAACUCCAGAGCCAAAGAAACUUGGGCCAAGACGCUGGCGGAUCAGAGCAGGACUCUCCCGACAGCAACCACAACUCAAACUUAUGUUCCAACAGCAGAGCUUCCGCCCUUCAGAAAUUAAACCCUUUCAGUGUGGAAAGCCUUCUUUCGGACUCAACGCCUCGGCGAAAAACCACUCUGGAUUUCCCGGCUUUAUCAACCCCCCGUCCUUUAAUAGGGAAGGGCCAUUUCUUACUCUACCCCAUCACUCAGCCUCUGGGCUUCAUUGUGCCGCAAACUGCUUUAAAGGCAGCGCCAAGCCCGGACUCGGUUAGCUCGGGACAAAGAAGCGCAGCAGCCGACUGCAGCUCCGCGCAACCGAGCCUCGCCAAUACAAGUCCAGGGCAUAGUAAGAGCAAGACCAGCAGCACCACCAACAGCAGCAGUCCGACCAACAACGAGCAGAGCAGUUUUACCGGUCAAACCGACAGCUCUCCGCAAAGCAACCUGGUCCCAACUACCUACUCCAGAAGAAGUUCUGCUCAGUCUCCGGGCUGCUACAGUGAACCGCACCCGCAACUCUCGGAUUCAACCCAAGACCAGCCAGAGUCCCCGCAUUCAGAUACAAAAGAAAAUUCGGCACCAGACCAUUCGGAAUGUUCCGAGACUGCGAAAACAAACUGUCCUCCAGACACUAACACAGACUGCGAAGAUGUUGAUAUGGACUGAUUAGGUUUUGUUUUCAAGAAUGAAAAACACACCCGUUAAAGACUUCUCACAUUCCCAAAGCUCAACACAAGAUGAAAAUACCUUUGACAUAUCAGAAUAUGUAAACUUCUCACUUCAAAGUUUAUAUAUUGAUAUUGCGAUUCAGGUGGAAAAGAAAAUCUGUGUAUAUCUUUUGUUCGGGUUAUAAUAUGUUUAUUCAAAUAUUAGCAGCAGGACUUUCUUGUGUGAACAAACUGUACAAAAAAAAAGGAAGAACAAAA